GUUUUCCGAGCACCGGGCACGGGAAGACAGACCUCAUCUCAUCAAAAAUAGAUACAGGCCCACCUGGCGCGAAGCAGAUAUCGUAGCACUCCCGCCAGGCUUACAGAGCCACCACAUAGCCACCCACGAUGCCUGCGAUGCUGGACGACCCAACUUCUCCAGCGAUUUACAGAGUCUCAGGCCAGCCGCCAUUUCCUGAACCAUAUGGCCCGCUUCCCUACGAGAUCACGCCGAAGCAGGUCACACUGCGUGAUAGAACCACUAUCGCCACGAUAGUCCCCUUCUCGUCGCCCGGCCAAGUGCCGCCACAUCUGACUGCGUACCUAUGCGAGCUUCUGAACCGCGAGAUUGAAAAAGGUGACACGUACCCGAUGAUGGAUGGGCUGGCACUCUCUGCAUUUGCACCAUACUGGUUCGCGAACUUCGGAGCAAUCAUGGUGAUGGGCGACAUCUCUUCGCCAGAGGAGAUUACACAAAUGGAAGAGCGAGGCGUAGAUUGGGCGAAGCUUUGUCUCGGCAGUUUCUACGUCAAGCCAAACUAUCCAGGCCGCAGCAGUCACGUCUGCAAUGGUGGAUUCUUGGUGACAGACGCUGCUCGUAAUCGUGGUGUCGGUAGGCUCAUGGGUGAAGUCUAUCUUGAGUGGGCUCCGAAGCUCGGCUACACUUACUCUGUCUUCAAUCUGGUAUAUGAGACGAAUGUCGCAUCUCUUCGCAUAUGGGACGCUCUCGGCUUCAAGAGAAUCGGUCGAGUCAAGGGAUGCGGCAACCUCAAGAGCUACCCAGAUGCCAUGAUCGACGCAAUCAUCUUCGGCCGAGAGCUUGGUGGAGAGAAUGAAGAGUACCAGAGCGAGGAGCGUUUCGACAAGAUUCGAUACUAUCUGAAGUCAGGUGCAUAUCCAGCAGGCUCUGAUCGCGCUGAGAAAUCUCGUUUGCGAUCGGCAGCGACACACUACAGGUUGAUUCCAGGCGCUAAUGGCGAAGACGACAAACUCAUGUUGAAAGGCAAGGAGGUAGUUUCUGAUCCGCACAAACAGUACGAGAUCGCACGCGCGAUGCAUGCUCAGACACAUGGUGGCAUCAACAAGACUACAGCCGGCAUUGCCGAGAAGUAUCACUGGGUGCGCAUCAAGGAGACCGUAAGUGCCGCCAUACGUAAUUGCACGGAAUGCAAGGAGUCCUCUGGACCAAAGAAUCCUGGGAUCAUGCCGCCAACUACGGGCCGUCGAGGACCAGUACCCGGCAGCACGAAGUCUUCGUCCAGCUCGUCACGACAGGUGGUGACUGCCAGUCCCGACUCACCAAUGUCGAACACGAUCGUUGGAGCAUCGUCAGCACAAACGGGACGAACAGAGCAGAGUCUAAGCCGUUCCCACUCUGACGACCAACAACUCUCCCAGCAGCUAGGUCAAGAUCUCCUCCAGCAAUCCGCUCCGACUGCACGCAUGGGCGGAAAUGGCGAUUAUCACGACGGCUCUCAUACCAACUAUGGAGACAUCGGACCCGUUGAUCCUCAACUGAUGUGGCAGACCGGACAGGAUGAUACACACAUGCAACUCGAUGGCGAUGACAAGACUGGUGUUGCAGAGGACGAAGAUUCUCGAUUGAGAGAAGUGCUAGGCGCCCAUGCCAUGGCUGGAGAGAUCUCAUCGUUUCUUGGCGAGGACCCACAGCGUCAGUCGGGUCGUUAGGACCAGCACGAAUUGGACGCGCUUUGGCGGAAAUAUCUGCUUGGGGAAUGCAACAAUUCAGGCAUUCGCUUCGGAAAGCUAUCAAUCCGGCUCUCGUGACGGUGUCGAAUGAGUGACAGGGACACCAGAGAGGCGCAUUCUAGUCUGACAUUGGCAAGCAUCUUGCCUUGGGUCAUGGAGCACGAGAACAUGUCCGACCUUGAUACUUGUGAAUAUCAAGAAUAUGAUAAAGCAUGCAGAGAACAGACUGGGGGUCCUCAGACGUUGCACAGGCUCAGUUGCACAGCAAAGUUCACAGAGAAGCUCAUAAGAGGAAACACUGUGAGUAUUGAGAUCCUGAUCGUUGAAAGAUGCUCACGUGAGCUGCAUAUGGUGUUGCAUAGCAUAGUCAACUGAGCUUACAUACCAUCACCUUGCUGGACGGUGCGUUCUUCGGCAUGUAGUGACCGCAUGGCUUUCACAUGCAGCCCCACUGCACAUGGUGUGCCCAGCCACAUGCAGAAAUGUCAUCCAGUACCACACAAGUCAUUCUCACAAUAAACAUCAACAAGGCACUGAAACAAUUGUCUCGCCACCGGACUACUUCCUCAACACAGCAGCAAUCUCGAGAGCAGCUUGUCCGCGACAAUUAUCCAAAAGGCCGAUGCCAAAGACCGGCGCAUCGAGACUGAGGAUGGAAAUUUUGCUGAAAUCGACUGCAGCACCAUUGUGGUGCUGCGCAUCGGACCUCGCAAAGAGAUCAUGCACGUGCAUCCGGCGACUCUUAAUUGGCGCGAAGAUGAACUGCGAAAGUUGUCUACGACUACCGGCGACAUCACACUGCCCAACUUCGAUAUCAGUACCUUCAGGUAUUUCACAGAGUAUCUUUACACCGGA